GGACACACUUGUUAUUUGAAGCAAACCCGCUUUCGUCACAUUGCAACAGAAAACGUUUUGGACUAAUACAUUAUGCAGGAAAUUGUACAAUAUGUGUGAUUUUCAAAAAGCCAACACGUGCAUAUCUUACACCUUGAUACCUGCCAUAAUCAAGCAUCUAACGGUGAAUAUUUACAUGUAUAUUUAAAGGGUGUACUUUGAAAACGAAACUUUCGCAGAUCCGCGAUGGACUUAACAGCAUGUUCUUGUGCUGUGUAUUACGUGGUUCCAUUUGUAAUAGCAAUAGCAAUACUUUGGCAGUUAUUGGAAUGGGAAACUAAACUGAAACGAAACAGAAACGACGGUACAAAGGUCAUACAUGGUCCAAGACCGUCGGAUCCAACACUUGGUAAUUUCCCCGACAUUGAGCUCGCCGGCGGUUUGAUAUCAUAUCUAAAACGCGCGCAUGCGCAGUAUGGCGACGUGGUACAGGUGUGGUUUGGAGACAAGCCGGUUGUAAGCACAGCGUCCCCCGGGGCGUUCACAGACCAGGUUCGACUCUUCGACAAGCCGGAAAUGUCCUUCAUUUCGCCGGUAUUCGGUUCGAGGAGUAUCCAGUUCGUUAACGGUCCGGAGGCCAGAGAGAGACGCCGAAAGUACGACAUGUAUCUCAGCAAAGACGCUGUGCAUUCACACUUUUAUACGUUCAAGCAGAUAGCUGACGAGACCACGUGUCAGCUCGGCGCAUUGGAGGACCCAGACCACGUGACCAUUUACGACGUGGCGUUCCAGAUGGCGUGCCGGGCGGUAGGCGUGGCGCUGUUCGGAGAGUACUUCAGCCAUGAUGACAACAUACUCACCUUUAAAGCUCUCUAUGAACAAUUCUGGCCAGUUUUGGAAAAGAACUUUACAUCCGGGCUACCUGAGGAGGGAACGGAUGAAAGUGAGCAUUUCUAUAGCAUUGUUCAGGACGUCCACCACAUUGUCCGGAGCAUGAUUGAAGAUCACGUAACCAGCGGCACUGACCGGAAGUUCAUUGAUGUCGUCAUGGAAUCGAAUCUUGACCAGACUACAGUCUAUGGCGACAUUUUGGUGUAUCUUGUCGGCGGCUUUCACAGUGUCAGCACAACCCUGACCUGGUGCCUCUACCACGCGGCGCUCUACCCGCAAAUGCAGACCCGGAUACACGGCGAGCUCUCGCACGUGCUGGGACGCGCGCAUAUUCAACCAAGCGCACUUCCGGAACUGAAGUAUCUAAGAUGGUUUAUCGACGAAACACUUCGCCUUCGAUACGUUGCUCCCGUAGCAACACGACUGAGCGGCAAUAACACGAAGAUACAGGGAUACCAUGUGCCAGAACAAACGCAGAUUAUUCAUGCGUUAGGUGUCGUCAUGAAUUCAGAGACGUACUGGGAACAUCCAGAACGGUUCAAUCCGGAGAGAUUCGAUACGUCUGAAAAUUCCGAUAAGGCCAAACGGUCUCCGCUAGCUUUUUGUCCGUUCGGAUUUGCGGGAAGGCGAAUGUGUCCCGGAAAAGCGUUUUUCUACGACGAAGCAUUGAUAUUUCUUGGCACCCUCAUCAGAGCAUUCGAGUUUAGCCUGGCGCCUGAAACCCCAACAAAUAUGGCGAUAACCGAGGGACUUCUGACUCGUCCGCGCGACAAAGUAGUUCUCAAAAUCAAGAAACGAACAUGUGAAUAAAGUUAUUUUUCAUUCACUAUUAUAUUAUAAUAUAUUUCAAUGUUCACCCUUGGCAACGAAAUUCUUCUCUGUUUCAGGUGUAGAUCUACACUGAGUUACCAUCAUAGCACAAUGCAUAUUUGAGCGAUAUUAAAUACUUCAUGUAAUGUAGAUAUGUGAUACAUUCGUCAUAUACAAUUAGUCUUAAA